AAACCAAUUCAAUAUAUUUGUGAAAAACCCGUGUCACCGGUGGCAAUCUCUUCUGCGGGUAGGACAACACGUGGUAGAUUGAAAUGGCUUUCUGUAGUUAGAGUAGUCAUGAAGAUUGAAGAGUGGUGGUGGAGUGGAGCCCAGGCGAUUGCCGUGCACAAUUACUCCAAGUAAGGUAACGCUCUUCUCAAACCAAAUGUUAAUCAUGGCAUUGAAGAUUCAGUGCUGUGGGUGGGUGAGCCACAAAGUCAAGCUUAGAUCUUGGUUUUGCCCUUUUUUGUGGGCUUCCCGACCCUUCCAUUUUCUCCGUUUUUCCCAGUAAUUUCUUAGCCAGACGAGCACUUGUUCUUCUGUUUGAAUACUCAGGCGACGGUGAGACCACCCUCCAUUUCCCCCCACGUUUCAAUUGCUCCAAAUUGAUACUGUCCUGGUCCCUUCAACUGCACAAAGCCAAGGCAUGUAUGAUCACAGAGAGCUAUUUUUCUUUUGUUUUUUCCCCCCUUUUACCCAGUCAUGGUUGAAAUAGUUGAUCAUUUAUAGAAAAAUAUUCCAAUCACUUGUCUUGACUGUAGAAAUAUUAGACUUGCAUUUUCUUUUCUUUUCUACUUCUUGCUUUCCAUUUUCUCUAGAAAACUUUGACAAUAUUAAUUCUCAACUCGCAAGUCUGCUAAUUAUAGGAUUAAUUCAAAGUUUGACGUUGAUUGCAUGCCUCCGGAGUUUCUUUAACUAUGAUAUUUUUGUUUUUUUAAAUGUUUUUAUAGAUUUAUUUUUAAUAUUGGUAUAUUAAGACAAUAUAAAAUUAUAUUUAUUUAUUUUGAAAAAUAGAAAACAAAACCCGAGUAUUUGUUUAUUUUGAGAAUACCUGAUUAUUUUUAUCAUGUUUCUAGAAGCCAUACUUGAUUAUGUCGAAUGCCCGACCACAGUAUACCUUCUAGAAGAUUAGCCACAUGGCUGUGUCAUUUCAUUUCCCAUAUCUUUCAUAAAUACGGUGUCUUUCCCUCAUACUAAUUUAUUCAAAUUUUUUUUAUGAGGCUGACCUAUGCAAGAAAAGCUUGCUCUCAUCAAUUCAAACUCUGCAAAUUACCUGACAACCCUAUGCAUAUCACUUACUAUAAAACACUCAAGAUAAAGAAAUGGACAGAGUGAAGAACUCUGUUGAUGUGUCUCCUUUCUUGCUAGUGGAAGCUGCGGGUGAUUCUGAGGUUGAUUCCGAUCCCACCAUGUCCACUAUAGAUCUUGUUGAUGAUGAUGAUGAUGCAGAAUCAUGUAGCUGUGAUACAUUUGACCAUUCUGGUGUCAGUGACAUCAUUAAAGGUGCCUGCAGCGAGGUUGAAGCAUACCAGGUCAAUUACAAUGUGGUUGAUGAUGAUGAUGAUGAGGAGGAGGAGGAGGAGGGAGUUGAGGUUUGUCAAUCAUGGGUUCAUCAUGUCCACGUUGGAUUACCAGUGAAGCAAAAGUCAUGUGUUUCAGUGGAUUCAAGCAAUGAAUCGAUGAACGAGAAGGAGAAGGAUAGGUUGUUUUGGGAGGCCUGCUUGGCUUCCUAAUCGAUUCAACUGUGCAGGAUUUCCUUCCUUUUCCUUUUCUAACUCAAGUUUCAGACCAUUUUGAGUUUUAAUGGGUUUCGUUUGUUUGUUUGUUUGUUUUUUAAUGAAUUUUCCCCUGUUUAGGAAAGAGAGGUGAGAGGUUAAACACAGUAUAUUUGUCUUGUAGAUUACAAUUGUACAUAUGAUAUGCAAAUACCAGCUUUUUUUU